AUGUGAACACGUGACUGUCCGGAGCGCCAUGUUUUGUGCGGAGCGCUUAGUUAAUAAUGAUGAACUUAAAAUAAUUUCAUUUCAAGGAUGACAACAGAUCCUGGAAUUAGCGCCACAGUUAAUAUCGGGACAUUAUUUGGCCAGACAUUGCUAAUUCACGUUACCCUAGCAGAACGCAGUUGCUUAGUUUACUGAGUGAGGCGUCUAGUUGGCAGUCUAAAGAACUUGGCGAGUUGAGUAGUACUACCCAGUAUCUGGCUAAACGAUGCGCUCGUUGAGUUAUGUUCAGCGUGUCAGUCUGGAUUUCUCAGGAACGCUUUUUCCACAUGCGAUCUGCUUGGGAGAUGCGGACAAUGACUCGCUGAAUGAGCUUGUGGUGGGUGACACUAGUGGGAAGCUGCUUGUGUACAAGAAUGACGAGUCCAAGCCCUGGAUCACCCGCUCCUGUGUUGGAAUGCUCACUUGUGUGGGAGUGGGAGACAUCUGCAACAAAGGAAAGAACUAUGUGGUGGCAGUGGGGGCAGAGGGCUGGUUCCACCUCUUUGAUCUGACUUCCACUGCAACAUCCAAGUCUGAGACCUCCAGCCAGCAGGAGGCAAUGUUCUGGGAUGACCAGAAGCCCUGCUUCACACAGCACAUUCCUGCCAACACCAAAGUGAUUCUAAUUAGUGACAUUGACGGAGACGGGCGCAGCGAGCUGGUGGUGGGCUACACGGAUCGGGUGGUGCGGGCGUUCCGCUGGGAGGAGCCCCCAGACUCCACGGACCUGUCCUCAGGACAGCUGGUCCUGCUGAAGAAAUGGCUGCUGGAGGGGCAGGUGGACAGCCUGUCGGUGAACCCGGGGCCAGAGGGAGUUCCCGAGCUGAUGGUGUCCCAGCCAGGAUGUGGCUAUGCCAUCCUGCUAUGCUCCUGGACACAAGAGGGCGCUGCUGCGACGGGAGAGGGUACCCCAGCCACUCCUGGGGGGGAGAGUCCCUCCAGAGAUGUCAUUCUUCACCUGACCACUGGCCGCAUCCACAAUAAGAACGUCUCCACCCACCUGAUUGGCAGCAUAAGCAGAGGUUCCAAAGACGACUCCUCCAAGUGUGGCCUGUUCGCCCUCUGCACUUUAGACGGGACUCUGAAGCUGAUGGACAGCUCCGAGAAGCUGCUGUGGUCAGUGCAGGUUGAUCACCAGCUCUUCGCCUUACAGAAGCUGGAUGUCACGGGAGAUGGCAGAGAGGAGGUGGUGGCUUGCGCCUGGGACGGACAGACCUACAUUAUCGACCACAACCGCAUGGUUGUGAGGUUUCAGUUCGAUGAGAAUGUAAACGCCUUCUGUGCAGGUCAGUACACCUGUAAGGACGGCAGGAACAGUCCAUGCCUUGUCUACGUCAGCUUCAACCACAAGAUCUACGUGUACUGGAGGGUGGAGCUGGAGCGCAUGGAGCCCACCAACCUGAUAAGGGUGCUGGAGGAGAGGCCGGGGUACAGGGACCUGCUGGAGCGCCUGGGUGUGGACCCCGAUGACAAGGACGCUGUAAGGGAGCUGGUCAGGGACGUGCUGUAUGGGGACACCCCACCCAGGUUGGCCUGACGGGCACAGCGCGCUCCGCCCCCACCUCGAGUGAACUCCUCCCACCCUCACCCUCACCUCAAACUCUCUCCACUGUGUAAAUAUCUUACCAAUAAAGUACUUAAAACAAACAA